CGGUGCUACAUUUAUGUUCGUGCGUUCAAUCGCGUUGGUGGUGUGCCUUCGCGGCUAGUGCAAAUAUAAUAAAAAAUUCCAAAUUUUAAUGUCACAGCGCUUGGUAAAAGUUUAAUAAUUCGAAACUUGUUGCAAUUCAAAUAAUAUAUGUUUGAGCGAAUUUUCGAUUGUUUUGUUUUGAAGCAACCAUCCAACGCGAAACAGAGAGCAUAAGAGAAUAAGUAAAGUGAAGUUUCAGUGAUAGUGUAUGUAUUUGUGUGGCGCGUGUGUAUGUUCGAUUUAAAAAUAAAACGGCAAAUACAUAUCAAAAUAUUAUAAGCAAAGAAACAGACGAAACGGUCUCUCAACUUGUGUGUGUGCUGCUCAGCACUUGUGCGCGUGUGUAUGUGUGUAUGUCUGUGCGGCCAUCGCAACCAAUACCAACAUAUUAACAUACGUUCCAUACGUGUUUACACCUUUUGAGCUGUUUGUGUAUUAAAGUUUUCUAUCAAUAAACAUUCAUACCUAACAUUCCGUUUGUGCGAGUGCAUUUUAUGGACGAAUCAAACUUACGAUUCGCUUGUGGAAGUCAGCAGCUGGACCUUGGCCAGGUCAACGCAGACGCCACCACCAAGCAGCCAGAGAUGCUCACAAACAAAACACAACAAUAACGAAUGCAAACAUUAACAAUAACAAAACAGAAACAGUAACCAAAACAGUAACACCCACACAAACAACGCACAUAUUGUCAGCUGUGUCCCUGUCAUUGCAUCCUGUUGCAACACAUGCAACAAGCGCCAUCGAUCUCGCCAAACAUCCCAUCCAUAUUCAUCCAAUAAACAAACAAGCAUAUGAGCAUGAGUCUGUGGAAGCGCAUCUCGAGCCAUGCCGACUGCGAGCAGCGCAUGGCUGCUUACUACAAUAAAAAGGGUCUAUACGACUUGCGCCUCUGCUUGGCGCCCUGGAUCGAAGACAGAAUAAUGUCCGAGCAGGUAACGCCCAAUUCAACUGAUCAAUUGGAGCAAGUGGCGCACAGAUUUAACGAGGAUCUGCAACAGAAACUGCUAUCGACACGUGCCAGCGAUCAAGUCUUAAAGUAUCGACUAGUUGAGCUCUGUGCGUUAAUACAACGCACACCAGCCCUCGAGCUCUACACGCAUCUGCGCAGCGGCCUGCAAAAGGAGUUGCAGUUAGCCGCCGAAAAGAGUGUUUCAGUUGCCGCCGCGGGCCAAUCAAUGCCCCUUAAUCAUUAUAAUAUGAAUAAUCCAGCAGCAGCAGUCGCUGCUGUCGGAAUGAACGGUAGCUAUAUGGAGACCAAUGAUUUGUUUGGCGUCACCGGUUCUGGUUCAUCUCCAGUCAGUCAUGUUAGCAUGUCGUCUGGAAUAAUGCAUAAUGCACCUGGCAAUGUAACGCCCGCUUCAAUGGGCAUGGUUGCACCAAAGGUUGAACUAUACGAUGUCCAUCAUCAGAUUAUGCAAUCCCUUAGCGAUUUUUCCACAUGCUCUGAUAAUCUGAAAAUGUUAGUGCAAAAAUAUGCAUACAUGCUAAAUGCUGGACAAACACCCGAAGCAGAGGCAGUUUUCAAGAGUUUGAUUGAGGAGAAGGCAGCAAUUGUGGUUAGACUGCGACGCACCUUUAUAUACUAUGAGAGACUGCAGGAUAUGGUGAUUACCGAGCUGAAGAACUGGCGUCGACAACAAGCUCUAGCCGGCAAUGGAGCACAGUUCAGCGAGAAUAUGUUGGAUGAUAUACAACGUUGCUUUGAAUUGUUGGAAACUUUUGUCACCCAUCUGCUGGCAGCUGUCAAGGAGGCGAUUAUGGUGCGACUUAUGAAAGAUGAUCAGGAAUUGACGUCUUUGCACGAACAGAUUCAUGUGGCACAAAAGAAUUUGGUGUGCUCCGCUUUCAUUGUGGAUAAACAACCUCCACAGGUGAUGAAAACAAAUACGCGCUUUGCUGCCUCAGUGCGUUGGCUAAUCGGCUCCCAAUUGGGCAUUCACAUGAAUCCACCGACAGUCGAGUGCAUUAUAAUGUCAGAGCAACAGGCACAGCGUUUUGUGACACGUGGCACACAUGUGGAUGUUACCAAUAGCAGCCUGUCCGGACAGUCAUCGGGCGAGAUACAGAACUGCUCCAGCACCAUGGAGUAUCAGCAGAGUAAUCAUGUUUUCUCCGCCAGCUUUAGAAAUAUGCAGCUGAAGAAGAUCAAGCGUGCCGAGAAGAAGGGCACGGAAAGCGUAAUGGACGAAAAGUUUGCACUGUUCUUCUAUGCAACAACAACGGUGAAUGAUUAUCAGAUUCGCGUUUGGACACUUUCUCUGCCCGUCGUGGUCAUUGUCCAUGGCAACCAAGAGCCACAGUCGUGGGCCACAAUUACCUGGGACAAUGCGUUUGCAGAUAUUGUACGUGAUCCAUUUGUGGUCACCGAUCGUGUCACCUGGUGUCAAUUAUCUGUUGCCCUUAACACCAAAUUUGGUUCCUGCACACAGCGUGCCUUGACCACAGAAAAUUUGGAUUUCUUAUUUGAAAAGCUGCAGCGUGAUAACAUUGCCGGAGAGCGUAAUGAGUAUAUAUCCUGGAAUCAGUUCUGCAAGGAACCCCUGCCGGAUCGUACUUUCACCUUCUGGGAAUGGUUCUUUGCCAUUAUGAAACUGACCAAAGACCAUUUACUGUCCAUGUGGAAAGCGGGACGUAUCACGGGCUUCAUCAACAAGGCCAAGGCACACGAUGAUCUCAUGCGAGCCGGUACUGGCAUCGGCACUUUUUUGUUGCGCUUCUCCGACAGCGAGUUGGGUGGCGUCACCAUUGCAUAUGUGAAUGAAGGUGGUUCAGUAACAAUGCUCUCGCCAUGGACCGCACGCGAUUUCCAAAUACUCAAUCUGGCUGAUCGCAUACGCGAUCUGGAUAUGCUGCGUUGCCUGCACCCGACUGACGUUAAUGUCCAACCGCUGGAUCGCGAUGUCGCCUUUGCCGACUUUUAUACGCAGCGUCCUGAGCCAACGCCCCGCGUCGAUGGUUAUGUGCCCAGCACGAUACGUGUUCAGGUGCGUACCAGUGGGGAUACCGGCUCCAUCAGUGGCACACCUCAUCAUCCAAUGCAGUCACCGCCGCAGGAUAGCAUGUCGAUGGGAAAUUAUUCUCCACGUAGUGGCAUCAUGAUUGAUAAUGUACCGAGCGUCGCAACCACAUUCUAUAAUAUGGACGAUUCUGAUUCAGAUGAUGGCACUGUGGCACGUGCGCUAGAGAAUUAUGUCAUCAAUACGCAGCCCGAUGAUCCAGUACUGGGUCAGAUAACUGAAAUACUCAAUGAGUGGACGAUGCCCACUAGACCAACAUAUUCUGUGCCAUCGUCAUUUAAUCAAAUGGUCCAAAACUAAUCACAAGUUAGUUGUGGGUGCGUUUGGGUUGUGCUACUUACCGAAAGUGGUAGUGAUUUUGCAAUGGCGGACUUUGACACGAUGCAGAACUUUGAUGUAUAUAAUAGAAUAAUAUAAAGAUAUACAUAUUUAUGUACUAGAAAUAUAUAUAUCGAGAUGUAUAAUUAAAUUACGUCAAAUGUUACAUAAACGAAAUCGUAUAAAUAUUUGCAACAAUUGCCGCUAUUAUCGACGUCCAUUAGAUGUUAACCUCAUCAAUUUACAACGAUCGGGCACUUCUCAACCUUGAUUGAAAGGUUUACCCGAAAAAAAAAACACAAAUAAUAUCAAAAGUUAUUUUCAUAAUGGGAAUUUACAUCGUUGUGGCAUGCGUUUUAAUUUUUGCAUUUGUGAAACGCCAAAAACGAACCAACUAAACGACAAGAGCAAUGCAUGCAAAUUGCAGCACUUCAAUACCCACACAUACACCUACAACUACACAUUUACACACAGACACACCCUGAAAAUGAUGUUAUGUUUCUUAAGUCUAAACAUUUUUUUAUUUAUAAUUUUAAUAUGUAUAAAAAAUUUGCAUGCCUUUUUUGCAUUUGUAUAAUCGACACGAUAUUUAACUGUCAGUGUCUGUAUGAAAAAAAUACAUACAAACUUAUUGGAUUACGAGUAGUACGUGGACUUAGUUAGUUUUAAACCUACAUUUGUUGAAUCUAAAUUUGUGAGUUUUAUUUUAAUUUUAAUCGAUUUUUUUAAUGUUUAGAUUAUUUAGAUGAGACACAACGAAAUUUGUUGUACUUCAAUUGUGCUCAUUUUAGUUAUACUUUACGUAUAUACGUAUUAAUUAUACUACUUAUAUAUCAACUGCUUUAUGUAAAAACCGUUUCAUUGGCUUCCAUGCUGAAAAUGCAAAAAAAUUCAUGAGUGUACUAUAUUUUAUUUUGUUUGAGAUAGGACAACGUGUGCAUUGCAUUACAAAUGCGUUAAAAGUGUUGCUUUUGUUAUCUGAAAAGAUUGCAAAAGCAUUAUAAGAAGGAAAACUAAAGAGAAAAACUAAGUAAAAAUUACGAAACGAAUGAAGAAAAAACGGAAUUAAAACCUUUUUUUGUGUAAACGCCUAAGCUUUCAACGUGAACUGUAAGAAUUUUAUAAUACUUAAGUACCCACAAUUAUUCAAUUAAUAUACACAUACAAUAAAUAUACAUACUUAUAUAUUACUAUAUAUAUAUACAAAACAAGUAUAUAAUAAAGUUAAUUACACAUUUUUUGUGCAGCUGUCAAAGCAAAUUCAAUUUGAUCAACGACAAAUUCAUUAUGUGUGUUCGUGUUCAGCGUAAAGUUUUCAAUUUUUAAAUGUUUUAAUGUAAAACUAAUGCACACAUUUCCAACGAAACUUUGUUAUUGGGAAUUAUUUUUAAAUGUGCACAUUAAAUAAUUUAAAUGGAGUUUUUUAAUGUAAGCAAUAUAUGAAUUGAAAGAACUAAUGAACUAUUCUUGUCAAAAUGGCCAAUAAAGAUUUGAUUUAAAAAUUA